UUGAACGGGGCAUUGACAAAAGAUGGAGGGUGUCUCCACAGCAACGGUCAAGCUGUGUGAGUCACGUGACCAUGGGUUUCUCUCGAACUCACAGAGAAGAGGCUUGAAGCCUGCCUGCAGUCCAUGUUUGGGACGCCAAUGGCAGCAGCAUGAGCGGAGCCCAACGGGACGGAGCUCUGAUGGCAGACAGCCUCCCUCUGAACACCAGCACAGAAGUGGAGCUGCAAGACGGGGAGAUGAGCGCAUCCUUCUUUGAAUUCAGAGUGUUUAACAUCGUCAUCAUUGCCCUGGCCUUGUGCAUUCUCACUGUGACUGCUGUGUAUUGCGUCAUUCUCUGCUACCACCGCACCAGGCAGUCAAAGAGAGCGCACAUUUAUGAGAGCGCAGUGACCCGCGGGGAGCCGGAGGACCCCGUGGAGGUCAGAGGCGUGAAGCGGUCGACCAGUUUCAUCAACCCUCUCGCCUUCUUCAGGAAAGCAGAAGCGGCGAAGGACAACUCCAGGAUCUACUACAUCUACAGCAACCCACUGCCCGUGGGACUGAGGGAGGAAGAGGAGAAGGGGCGCAGCGCGGGGAGCAGCAGGCCGGAGGAGCAGAAUGCGCCGGUGUCGCCUUUGUCUCUGCAAGACUAUGCAAAAGACCCCAACAGCGGCGUGGUCCUGGACCCUCCAAUAUUCUACAUGCAGCUUUAGAGGACUGGAAGUCAAACUUGUAAUGAGACCGGUUAGAGACAAUUCACUCAAUUCUGUUUGCAUGGACUCCUGCAGUUGUGUGUAUCAAACAUUACCAGCAUGCACAGAUCUUUGAACAGCACUUCUCAUCUCACCUCACUGAAUCUAAGUUUCCCAGCUUGUUAUUAUUGUGUAAUAAUAGUCAUAUAUGGCCCUGAACUACACUAAUGCUCAUGAGCAAUGUUGUUAUCUAUG